GGGCCAGGUCCUCCAGCGCAUCAGUCCCUCCCUGAAAGGGGAGCAGGCUGGGUCUUGGGUUUUCCUCUUGUGCAAGCGCUUCCUUGGCUAAACAUACGCAGCUCCCUCAACCCUUCCUCAUAAGGCUUGGUUUCCAGACCCUUGAUCCUCUUGGUCACCCUCCUCUGCCCACCUUCCAGCUUCUCCACAUCCUUCUUAAAUGGUGGCUCCCAGAACUGGACACAGGACUCCAGGUGUCAUCAUCAUCAUCAUCAUCAUCAUCACUUUUAAUUUGAGUAUCAUACAAUACUCAAGGCGGUUUACAAGCUGAAGAAACAGAAUCUAAUGAAAUACAAAACAACCUUAUAACAAUCUAAUGUAAUACAAAAAUGUGAUAAUAAAACAUAGCUUUAAGAUAAGCAAUCAAAUAAUGUAAUGUUCAACAAUCAUUAGAAUAGUAUAGAAUAAUAUCAGCAUAUGAAAAUUAAACAGAAACCCACUCUUAACAUUUACAAUAAAUCAUUUCAGAACAACAGCAAUCCACAGUGCAUAAAAAAUACAAUACAAAUUGAAAAACAGAGACUGGAGGGUGAGGCAAGGCAGGUGGAAGGAGGCCUUGCCUGAUGGAGUCUGAUUGUGUGGUCCAGGCACCCCCAAACUUCGGCCCUCCAGAUGUUUUGAACUACAAUUCCCAUCUUCCCCGACCACUGGUCCUGUUAGCUAGGGAUCAUGGGAGUUGUAGGCCAAAAUAUCUGGGGGGCCGCAGUUUGGGGAUGCCUGGUGUGGUCUGACCAGGGCAGAAGAGAGUGAGACGGUUACUUCCCUUGAUCUAGGCAGGUCCUCCCAGGUUUCCCAGUACUUCCCUGCUGGUGAGGACCAGAUCCAAGAUAGAUGAUCUUGGAAGGCAGGAGCAAUCAGUUGCCUUCAUAUUUUGCAUGGUAACUUUCCUUCAAGGUGGGCUAGAGGCUUGCUUUUCCUACUUCUUCCUGUUAAAGGAAGCUCAGAGUCUGGGCUGCGGUGGAGUCCAGGCCUGGUUCUUAGCAAGACUCAACCAUGCUUACUCAAGGAACAUCUUAUCUUCUCCUGACAGCAUAUGGAUCUUAUAACAGAACAAUGUAUUUGCUUUGUAGGAUUUGUUAGCAGUUCUCAUAAGGACAGACGGAACUUGGCAGAAGAACAAAGGCUUCCUUCCGACCUUUUGGAAGCUUCUUGAGAGCCCAGAUGGAUGAGCAAGACUCAGUUGGCUCUGAAGCAGGAAGAGGCCAUGCCAUCAAAACCGAGAGCAGUGGGGGAUUAUGGGAAAACUCUGUGCAGAAGAUCCUGGGUGAGGAGGACACCGUUUGCUCAGAUAUGAAGAGCAAGCUGUUCAGGCAGUUGUGCAACCAGGAGGCCAAAGGACCCCGAGAGGUUUGCAGCCGACUCUACAACCUUGACUGUCAGUGGCUGAAGCCAGAAAGGCACACAAAAGCUCAGAUGGUGGACCUGGUGAUCUUGGAGCAGUUCCUGGCUGUCCUUCCACCGGAGAUGGAGAUCUGGGUGAGGGAAUGUGGAGCAGAGAACAGUUCCCAGGCGGUGGCCCUGGCCGAAGGAUUCCUCCUGAGUCAGGCAGAGGAGAGGAAGCAGGAAAAUGAUCUUUUUGCAGAAAUGGACUUUGAUUCCUUUGAGACCGAGAGGAUUCCAUUGGAGACCAAAGAGAGGCCACUCUAUGACAGAAGGAUGCCAGCAAAACCUCCUCAUCCAUCUUUUCAUGGUAGCGGAGAGGAAGCAGUGGCUGUAGAACCAGAUGUGGUUCCAGUGUGCUUUGAAGAUAUAGCUGUUCAUUUCGCAGACGAGGAGUGGGCUUUGCUGGAUCCUGACCAGAGAGCUCUGCAUAACGAAGUCAUGGAGGAGAAUCGUGGGAUCCUGGACUCGCUUGGUGCUGAAGAAUUGCAAAUGAAGAAUGCGGGAGACCCCGACAGAAUCCACAGAGAGGAGAAGCCGUUGAAAUAUUCAGGGUCUGGAAAGAGAUUCAGUCAAAGCUCCCACUCCACUUCCCAUCAAAUAAAUCUUUUGGGGAAGAAACAACAUCAGUGUUUGGAAUGUGGAAAGAACUUUUGUCGGAAAUCCAACCUCACUUCUCAUCAAAUAACUCACAGCACGGAGAAACCAUAUCAGUGCCAAGAAUGUGGAAAGAGUUUCAGUUGGAAGAGAAGUUUCACUUCCCACCAAAAAAUUCAUACAGGCGAAAAACCCUAUCAUUGUUUGGAAUGUGGAAAGAGCUUCAAUCGAAAGGAUGCUUUCACUUUCCAUCAAAGAAUUCAUACAGGGGAGAAACCAUAUCAGUGCAUGGAAUGUGGAAAGAGCUUCAGCCGGAAGCAAAGUCUAACUUUCCAUCAAAGAAUUCAUACAGGGGAAAAACCCUAUCAUUGUUUGGAAUGUGGAAAGAGCUUCCGUCAGAAGGAUAGUCUCACUUCACAUCAAAGAAUUCAUACAGGAGAGAAACCCUAUCAGUGCUUGGAAUGUGGGAAGGGGUUCUAUGGGAAGAAUAUGCUCACUUCUCAUGGAAAAGUUCAUACAGCGGAUAAACCCUAUCAGUGCUUGGAAUGUGGAAAGACUUUCCGUCAGAAGAGCGAGCUCACUUCCCAUCAAAGAAUUCAUACUGGGGAAAAACCAUAUGAGUGCAUGGAAUGUGGAAAGAGCUUCACUCACAGAGCUGGCCUCGUGUACCAUCAAAGAUUACAUACAGGGGAGAAACCAUAUGAGUGCUUUGAGUGUGGAAAAAAGUUCAGUUGGAAGAAUAUGCUCACUUCCCACCAAAUAAUUCACACAGGGGAGAAUCCUUAUCAGUGCUUGGAAUGUGGAAAGAGCUUCAGUCGGAAGGAUAGUCUCACUCUCCAUCAAAGGAUUCAUACAGGGGAUAAACCAUAUCACUGCUUAGAAUGUGGGAAAAGUUUCACCCAGAGGGCCGCUCUCAUGUCCCAUAAAAGAAUUCAUACAGGAGAGAAACCAUAUAAGUGCUUGGAAUGUGGAAAGAACUUUGCUCACAAAGCUGGCCUCAUGUCCCAUCAAAGAAUUCAUACAGGAGAGAAACCAUAUGAGUGCUUGGAAUGUGGAAAGAGGUUCAGUUGGAAGAACAUGCUCACUUCCCACAAGAUAAUUCACACAGGGGAGAACACCUAUCCAUGCUUAGAAUGCGGAAAGAGCUUCAGUCGGAAGGAUAGUCUCGCUUCCCAUCAAAGGAUUCAUACAGGAGAGAAACCUUAUCAGUGCUUGGAAUGUGGGAAAGGGUUCUAUGGGAAGAAUAUGCUCACUUCUCAUCAAAAAGUUCAUACAGGGGAGAAACCCUAUCUUUGCCUGGAAUGUGGAAAGAGUUUCCGUCAGAAGAGCGAGCUCACUUCUCAUCACAGAAUUCAUACAGGGGAGAAGCCAUAUCAGUGCUUGGAGUGUGGAAAGAGCUUCACUCACAGAGCGGGUCUCAUGUACCAUCAGAGAAUUCAUACAGGGGAGAAGCCAUAUCAGUGCUUGGAGUGUGGAAAGAGCUUCACUCACAGAGCUGCUCUCAUGUACCAUGAAAGAAUACAUACAGGAGAGAAACCAUACGAGUGCUUGGAGUGUGGAAAGAAGUUCAGUUGGAAGAAUAUGCUCACUUCCCACCAAAUAAUACACACUGGGGAGAAUCCCUAUGCUUGUUUGGAAUGUGGAAAGAACUUCCGUCGGAAAGAUAGUCUGACUUCCCAUCAAAGAAUUCAUACAGGGGAGAAACCAUAUGAGUGCUUGGAAUGUGGAAAGAGCUUCACUCAGAGAGCCGGUCUUAUGUACCAUCAAAGAAUUCAUGAGAGAAGAAACCAUAUUGGUCCUUGGAAUGUGGAAGAGCUUCAACCAGAGGCCCAGUCUCACUUCUCAUCAAUUAACUUACCGUGGGGAGAAACCAUGUAAGUUUUGGAAUGUAGAAAGAGCUUUUACCCACUCACCAUCAAAUAAUUCAUAUGUUGGAAACCAUAGAAAUGCUUGUAAUGUGAAAUGAGCUUCAGCCGUAGCUCCGAUUUCACGUUCCAUAAAGAAACUCACAAUGAGGAGAAUCAUAGAGUGUCUGAAUUAUAGUUAUAGCAUUUGAGAGGACUCUGUGUGUUGUGGGACCCUGGUGGCACUGUGGGUUAAACCACAGAGUCUAGGGCUUGCUGAUCAGAAGGUCGGCGGUUCGAAUGGGCAUGACGGGGUGAGUUCCCGUUGCUCGGUCCCAGCUCCUGCCCACCUAGCAGUUCGAAAGCACACCAAAGUGCAAGUAGAUAAAUAGGGACCGCUCUGGCGGGAAGGUAAACGGCGUUUCCAUGCGCUGCUCUGGUUCGCCAGAAGUGACUUAGUCCUGCUGGCCACGUGACCUGGAAGCUGUCUGCAGACACGCUGGCUCCCUGGGCGUAUAGAGCGAGAUGAGCGCCGCAACCCCAGAGUCGGACACAACUGGGCCUGAUGGUCAGGGGCCCCUUUACCUUUACUAGCAUUUGAGAGGACUCUGUUUGUUGUCUAGUCCACCCACCUGGAAUGCAGGAAUCUCCACUAUGCCAGAUGAGCAUGCAACCUCUUCUUAAAAACCUCCACGGAAGGAGAACCCACCACCUUCUGAGGCAGCCUGUUCCGCCCUUGAAGAGCUCUUACCUGUAGAAGGUUCUUCCUGAUGUUUAGUCUGAUUCUCUUUUCUUGCAACUUGCAUCCAUUGCUCUUCCAGAGCAGCACAAAACAGGCUUUCUUCAUCUUGUCCCCUCUUCCAUGAGACAGCCCUUGAGAUAUUUGAAGAUGGCUAUCAUAUCUCUUCUCAGUGUCUUCUUUUCCAGGCUGACCAUUCCUCACAAGGCUUGGUUUCCAGACCCUUGAACGUCUUGGUCACCCUCCUCUGCACCCAUUCCAGUUUGCUUGUUUUCUGUUCCUGUUCCAUGGUGUCAGGGACUGGGCAGAGGGGGACAGGUGGAGACCGCCUCCCCAGCCUGACCCUUCCAGAGAAGAAGAAGACAGUUCAGAAUUACAACAGGGGUUUGAGGGAGGUCACAGCUCAGAGGCAGAUGAGGGGGAAAGCUGGGAAAUAAGGGGAGAUGAGGAGGAAGAGGAAUCACCAGGAGAGGAAUAGCUGACAGACACAGUGUCUUUAGAAAGCAUUUGAUGCCCCCCUCUUCCAGAACCUGGCAAGCCUUGAAAGUAGUAGAGCAAAGGGCUCAGGAGCCCUGUAGCAGAGAAGGUGACGAAUGAGGAAGUGGGAGGAAAAGGGGGUGGAGAGUCACUCGGGACAUCGCCAUUAGUCCAAGGGGCUGCGUUCUAAGCCUCUUGUCUGUAAAUAUUGAAUAAAAAGCAGGUGGUAAGGACUUUUCCUUGUCUGUUCCUGGCAACCUGCUGUGGGGGUUGUUUCCUCUGCCGCCUGACAUGUAGACUAGUCUGAUUUUAUUGUAUGUUGAAAAAUUCCAAUAAAUUUUCUUCCACCCUCACUCUUUUGGAUGCUUCCUUGAUUUCAUUCUCCAACGCAGGAUCACUCUGGGCAUUUGGGUCAGAGAGACGAAAGCACAUUCCAAGUCCUACAUUUUGAGAAGA